AAUCGUCAACGUCAACGCCACAUGCACAUAGUUUGUCUUCUACUUCAGUCCGUUCGUCGUCGUGUAAAAUAGUUCAUCUUUCAAAUAACAAACAAAAAUAAUUAAUUGUUUACUGAAUCUUUCAUCAGUGCGUUAUAAAUAAUAUACUAGUGAAAUGUUAUUUGCAAUUAAAAAUAGUGACACGUUAGUUCAACUUUAAAUAAUAAAAACAACCAUCCACAGAAAAACCACGAAUUAAGUGAACAUUUCUGACAUAAACAUAAGAGAGUUGAAAUUAUUUUUCAGACAGAAUAAAAUUACUCUUUAAAUUUGGAUAAAGAACAAAAUAAAAACCCUAAAUGUGGAAUCAAAUCGUUUUGAAUCAAAAUUCUGAAAGAAGUCAUUAAAAAACAAAAUUUAAUAUGAAGCCGUUAAUAAUUCCGUUUGUGCAUUAACUUUCAUUAAUAACAAUAAAUUAAAAACAAUAAAAUAAAAUCAAAACAUCAAACAAAAAAAAAACAAAAUGUUUUCAAAAUUAAAUAACAGUAUGAUGCGGUAUUAAAUUAUCAAUGUCUUGCAGCGGCGGCAGCAUACAAUUUUUCAAAACAUCUAAGCGCACAAAAAGAUCUCAACGGAGAAGGCAAAUAAAUUUAAAAGAAAUUUUUAGCUAACAAAAAAUUUCCAUCUAUCGAAUUUCGACGAAAAUUUCAUUUAAAAAAAAAAAACAAAAUAUUUAAUACCUAUACAAUAUAAUUUAUAUAAAUUAAUCAACAACAAGAAACCUAAUUACAAAGACAAAAUGAAUCAACCACCGAUAAAUUUUGAGGAUCUAUUUGCAAAUGGCAAUUUUUUGGAUGAAAAUCUAAAUGAAAUCAACAAUGACCACGCCCACAACAAUAGCAGCAACACCCCAUCAAUAUGGGUUUUUGGCUAUGGAUCAUUGUGCUGGAAUCCUGGAUUUGAGUACUCGAAAUGUAUAACAGGAUAUAUAAGGGGUUUCGUAAGACGAUUUUGGCAGGGAAAUAUUACACAUCGAGGAACUCCGAAUAAGCCGGGAAGAGUGGCAACAUUGAUGGAAGACAAAGAGGGCAUUACUUGGGGCUGUGCGUAUAAAAUCUCAGGAGACGCUGCUUUAGAUUAUCUCAAACAAAGAGAAUGUACUCUUGGGGGCUACAUAACUGUCGAUACGAAAUUCUAUCCACGUGUAGCAUCUUACGACACGGUUUUUAGUGGAGAAGCAUUACAAGUAGUCGUUUACAUUGCCACCGAACAAAAUUGCCAUUGGAUGGGUGAGAAUUGCCUGAAAAAAGUCGCUCAUGAAAUUGUCAAUGCUCAAGGACCCAGUGGUCAUAAUAUUGAAUAUCUCCUGCGUUUGGCCAAAUUUAUGCGCGAGGAAAUACCCGGUGCCGAGGAUGAGCAUUUGUUUACAUUGGAAAAAUAUGUAAGAGAAUUUAUUGCGACACAGCAAAUACCUUUGAGAUCUGUGAUGGGUGUUGAUCCUGCGAGAAUACGCAGGGAUUCGCACGAAGAUAUUAAGAAACCACCAACAUUUGAAUUUACAUCGCGAAUACCUGAGAGAAAAUUGCGCUGCUUGAAUAUUUAAAGUCAAAAAAAAAAUCCAUGCAUAGUAUAAAAUGAUAAUAAUGAAACUGAAGAGAACCAUAACUGUAAUAAUUACAAAUUUAGCUUUUGAUAUAAUUUAUUUUUGUUGUUUUACUUAAAUUCAUUU